AUGGCACCGUAUGAAGCGUUGUAUGAUAGGAGAUAUAGAACUCUGUUGUGUUGGUAUGAAUCGAGCGAGGGUGUUGUGCUCGGACCUGAGAAUGUGCAAGAGACGACUAAAAAGAUAAGGAAGAUCCGAGAGAGGAUGAAAACUUCUCAGAGUCUUCAGAAGAGUUAUCACGAUAAGAGAAGGAAAACAUUUGAGUUUCAGGUGGACGACCAUGUGUUUUUGAGAGUUAAUCCAGUAACCGGUGUCGGUAGAGCUUUGAAGUCGCGAAAGCUUACGCCGGGUUUUAUUGGUCUGUAUCAUAUUUCAAAGUGGUUAGGUGAGGUGGCCUAUCGGAUUGCUUUACCGCCGUUGCUUGCGAAUCUCCAUGAUGUGUUUCAUGUGUCUCAGUUGAGGAAAUACAUUCCAGAUCCUUUGCAUGUGGUUCAAAUAGAUGACAUACAGAUGAGAGAUAACUUGAGGAUUGAGGCGUCACCAGUGCGAAUAGAAGGACGAGAAGUGAAGCAAAUUGCGAGGUGA